AUGGAUGAAAAUUUUUAUGCCACUUGUAGAAGGGAAUGUAGUAUUUGCCUGUAUGAUUUACACUUGUCUGCUGUAGGGUGUUCAUGUUCAAAUGACAAGUUUGAGUGUCUUGGUCAUGCAAAACAUUUUUGUUCUUGCCCUUGGAGCAACAACAUUCUCUUAUACCAUUACGAGAUCAGUGAUUUGAAUGUUCUUUGUCAAGCUUUGGAUGGGAAAUUAAGUGCAGUCUAUAAAUGGGCCAAAGAGUAUCUCGGACUAACACUGACCUCUGUUGCCUCCAAGAGAUCAAAACCACAUCCAGAAAAUGUUAGUUGUUCAACCUUCCCUUUACAAGACUUGCAUAUGAAAGAACCUAUAUCCCAGACAUCAUCAAAUGAAUCCUCAAACGGGAAACGACGCAAAUUGCAGGAAAUAUUGAAUUCAUCAAAGAAAAAUCACAAUGAAGUGUUUCAAGUUCUUCGAAAAAGAAACAAAAUGAAGUGGUUCCAAACUCAUCCAAGAAGAAACAAAAUGAAGUGA